AUGGACUUCCGAGCCCUGGCUCUCUCCAACAUCCACAUUACACUCAUGUGGUCCCUGGAGUGGACCCCCCCCAGCCCUCACGGCCCCUCAGUGUCCAGCGAGGCCGGCUGGGUCCCACGGCUGCACUGCCAGGUGGUGAGCUUCCAGGCCCUGGGCUCCCAGGACCCUGUCACUUUAGGGAUCCCCUCCCACCCACCUCCAAACCCCUCACACCCCCACCACCCUCCCCCGCAGCCCCUGCUUCCUCACGCGCUGGAUGAAGAACCACAACAGGCCACAGAGCGGACUUGGACCACUUGCCAGUUUAUCAUCCUAAAGUUCUGGUUCAGGAUCAUGGCGACCUGGGCACAGGACUCCUCCAUCUUCCCGCUGCACCAUGGCAAAGCCAUCUCAUGGACUGAGAUCAAAAACAGGACCCUGGCAACCCCCUCUGUGGAGCUGUUACCCGACCCCUGCCGGGACCACUGUCCUGACCCAGAUGCCAGUUGGGACUGCCCAGUUCUGAAUUCCAUGCACAUGCCCCCUGCAGAAGGCACUGCAUUCACGUCAAAACUUCUUUCCAUAAAAGAACUAAAAAGCAAACUAAGUCCUUGCUCCAUCACUUCCCGUCCCGGAUCGCGGCGGGGCAUUUUCCCCAAGCGCCUUCACGCACCGCGCCCAGGCGGCCGCGCCGGAGCAUCCCGCGCACACCCAUUUCCUGCGCCCCCGGAAGUGGCGGUAACGCCAGGCCCUGCCCCCGGCAGAGGCGGAAGCGGAAUCGCCUUGAGAGAUCUCCCGUCGCCGCAGGCGCCUCAGCCCGGCCGCGCGCCUUGGCCCUUGGCCGCCUGCUCCUACCGCUCCCCCGGAGCGGGCCCUGGGCUUGCUGCGGGCGCGGCGCUGCCGGGCCAGUGCUUGUGGAACGUCUUCCAGAGGGUUGAUAAAGACAGGAGUGGAGUGAUCUCGGACACCGAGCUUCAGCAAGCUCUCUCCAACGGGGUUUGUUCCAGAUCCUACUGCUCAGCACACAGAAAGCCAGUCACUGAGACGAUGGUUACUGCCAGUGAAGAAGGCGUGCAUCAGGAGCUACAGGCUAGGAGAUGGGAGAGAAACCAUGAACAUCAGUUCUCUGGGACAAUCAGGUCAGUUCAACACCAGACCCGAUCUGCCAUGACGCCUGCUGCUCAGCCCUCAGAUAAAGUCCAGAAUCCAGUGUCCUCUCUCCAACCCCAGCCUGGUCCCACACCCAAACCUCCCCGCUACACCCUGGGCCUCAUUGCUGUCCCGCCACAGAGGGGUCAGGGAGCUGCACACGCCCCGUGUGCACCUGGGCAUGUGGCAUAUUUCAGAUGCACCUGGUAUCACUGUUCGCACAAACCCGAGUGGGAAGAGAUCCAAAUGCUCGUUCACGGCAGAUGGAUGAGGACGUCCCAGCAAGUCCCUCAGGGGAGUCAGCCAGCGCAAGCCGGCGGACCCUGCUCCCACCCAGCUGUUCUCAGGACUCUCAUCCUUCCAGGACGACGCCCUACCUGGAGCACCCGUUCCUGUGGCGCCCCCAGUCCUGCACUGCAGCGCUCACCCUGUCACCUCCAUGGCGAGACCAUCCUGGAACCGUGAUCAGCCCAUCGCUGUCAUCCACUGUCCUCCUAGCCCAUUUUCUGUGCUUGUUUCUCGUUCCCAAAACAUCCUGAAAUUACAAGAAAUUAACUUUUUUCAAGUC